CUAACAUUUGGUAUUCGGAGCGAGGCUGGAGCCCACGCACGACUACUUCACCCGAGCUCAGGCGAAGGGCGGAGCAAUGGCGCCGCCGCGGAACGAAGACCCGAUGGCGCAGAUCAUGGCUAAAAUUGAGGAAGGUAACAAGGAGACCCAUCGGCGUAUGGAGACCGUCCAAGCCUCCCUGGCAACAGUUGAGGCGACGAUGAAAGGCAUGAUGAAGGAACAAGGUGAAUUCCGGAAAUGGCGACCAGAGGUGGAGAUGAAGGUCACGGAGGUGGCAGAGGCGUUGAAGACAAUCCAGGCAAAGGUGGAUCAAUUCGGACCAUCAUCAUCGACGGAGCCCCUUCCUGACGGGAAACAAACGAAGAAGGGUGUGCUGAUCUCCGUUCAACUGGAGAUCCCGCCGGUCGACGCGACGGACGGGCAAUUUCGCCACCACUUUGCUGAAAACCACCGGAGGCCGGGUGUUGAGGAGAAUCUCCGAACACCCGCUCCGGUCGGAGGAGGAUGUGCUGCUGCACUCGGGGCGAAGAGAUGGUCGAAGAACUAA